AUGAUGCUGGAGCUCUUGCUGCGGAAGAACAGGACAGUGAUCGCAAACUGGGAAAGUGGGCGUCCCAUUUACAACGACGGGGCUGUGCAGCGCCAUCGCGAUGACUCCAGUCGCAUGAACUACAUCAAGCUCAGGUCUAAGUCGGCACCGGCGCCCGGCCCCGGUCCCCACGGCCCUGCGAGUUCUUUCGGAGUGUUCCCCGAGUCGGCGCCGGCGCGGGAUGGGGGCGGGGACGGGGAGUGCGUCCCGGGACUGUCGCCAUCGGAGGCGGCCGUCGUGCGGCUUCUUCCCGCCUCAACAGGCGGCGGCGAACGCACAGCGAAGCCUCGCUCCGCGCCGGAAGUCCGCAGCCAUCCCGGGGUCGCCGGGGCUCCUGGCUUCUCCUCAACCCGUGACGCCUGCGUCCUCGGGUGGGAGCGGGGCGCCGCGGCCACGGGCAAGGACACCAUGGGCGACCUGCCGCGGGACCCCGGCCACGUCGUAGAGCAGCUCAGCCGCUCGCUGCAGACCCUCAAGGACCGCCUGGAGAGCCUCGAGCAUCAGCUCAGAGUGAACGUGUCAAAUGCGGGGCUGCCCAGCGACUUUCGUGAGAUGCUCCAGCGGCGGCUGGGGGAGCUGGAGAGGCAGCUGCUGCGCAAGGUGGCCGAGCUGGAGGACGAGAAGUCCCUGCUCCACAACGAGACCUCGGCUCACCGGCAGAAGACCGAGAACGCGCUGAAUGCUCUGCUGCAGAGGGUGACUGAGCUGGAGCGAGGCAACAGUGCGUUUAAGUCGCCAGAUGCAUUCAAAGUGUCCCUCCCCCUCCGCACAAACUACCUGUAUGGCAAGAUCAAGAAGACACUGCCAGAGCUGUACGCCUUCACCAUCUGCCUGUGGCUGCGGUCUAGCGCCUCGCCGGGCAUCGGCACUCCGUUCUCUUAUGCGGUGCCUGGGCAGGCCAACGAGAUCGUGCUGAUAGAGUGGGGCAACAACCCCAUCGAGCUGCUCAUCAAUGACAAGGUCGCUCAGCUGCCUCUGUUUGUCAGUGAUGGCAAGUGGCACCACAUCUGUGUCACCUGGACGACACGGGAUGGCAUGUGGGAGGCGUUCCAGGAUGGGGAGAAGCUCGGCACUGGAGAGAACCUGGCCCCCUGGCACCCCAUCAAGCCAGGGGGUGUACUGAUCCUCGGGCAGGAACAGGACACUGUUGGGGGCAGGUUUGAUGCCACUCAGGCAUUUGUGGGGGAGCUCAGCCAGUUCAACAUAUGGGAUCGUGUCCUUCGUGCACAAGAAAUUGUCAACAUCGCCAACUGCUCCACGAAUAUGCCGGGCAACAUUAUCCCUUGGGUGGACAACAACGUUGACGUGUUUGGAGGGGCUUCCAAGUGGCCUGUGGAGACCUGCGAGGAGCGUCUCCUUGACUUGUAGCUGGGAUCCAACUGCUGCUGUGGGAAGCUCAGGGCCACUUCCUCCCCCAGUUAAAUUGUGUCAAAACUCUUGCCAGAAUUGCCUGGGGACCCCAAAGUUCACUCCCAGGGAAUCUCUAAGACUGAGGCUGUGUGGCAGCAUUUGUCACCGGCUUAUUUGUUCCCCAUUAAGGUUUUGUUGUUUUCUGGGAAAUGCCAGAAUCCCCUGGGAAGAAGCCCUGAGCCCCAGGUGGGCAAAUAUCUGACUUCCUGCUGCAGGUGGAAUUGAGUUCAUAAGCCCCUCUUCAGAACUCCUGUAAAUGCUAGUGUAGCCCCAGGCCUGCCCACCCUCUUGGAUCCUUGUGUCCCAUGUGCACCUCUGUCUGUCCCUUUUCACAACUGUGCAGCUAUCCCGCUGAAGUGGCUGCGUCCCUUGUGCAUUGAGUGCAUCCCUGUUGUCGGCUGAGCACGCAGCAAAGCAUCUGCCCCCUGAUCUGCAGAAGGGCCUUUCCCUUUGUGUUCUGUAUGUUGUGAAUCUUUCACCUCUGGAGCUGGUGGAGGAGGACAGGCUUUCCAGACAAAGGCCUGCCUUCCCCAAAGCAGAGGGGGCGGCUGUGGCUCCAGAGAGGAGGCUGUGGGGAUAAAGAGGGACUCAGAAUGGAGAAGGGCCCCUGCCUGUCCUCUCUUCCUUGGCCACAUACUUGGAUGGGAUUGUCACUGGGUACGGCUUUGAAAAGCCUCUCUUCUUAUCUGGUGCCAAACGUUCAUUCGCAGCUUCUACAGCCAUUCAGUAUGGUUUGGGGGAUUUGUUUUUUCCCAACAGAAAAGAAUAACCAUCAGAAGAGGCUCCCAUUGUUUGAUGUUUUGCCCCACUGUGAGGAGUGUGCUCGUUUUUAAUUCAUGUUGAUUCCAGCAAACAUUUGCUGGUCUCCAUCGAGUAUUUCCCCCAGAACUUGUAAAGAAAAUGGAUGUCAUUUGGCGGAUAAUUGCUUAGUGACUCCAGGCUGCUUAAUAUAUUGGACAGAGGUAGUAAUUUAUUUUAAAGAGAAAGUGAUUACAUGGGGAAAUUUAUAAAGCUAAAUAUUAUAUAUUUUAUUUUUCAUACAUGUUUGAAGUGCAGAUCUGUGGAAAUUCCAUUUGUAAGACCAAGUUGACAUGCCCAUCCUGACAUUCUAUGCUACAAGAACUCUUCUGAUGAUGGAACUUUGAUUAAAGUGCACUGGAAGAUG